AUGGCGGGAUCAGAUUUCGAACCAUUCAAGCUCGAAAUCGAGCGUCUGUACAUCCAUGAGAACCAAACCUUGCCCCAUGUGAUGGAUUAUAUGGCGUCUAACUAUUCUUUGAUCAAGUCCUCAGGUCAGUACAACCGCCAACUCAAGAAAUGGGGCUUUGUCAAGGGUCAUAUCACGGCAGAUGAGUGGAAUUGGAUGGCAAACAAGCAGAACAAAAGAAAAUUCAACGACAAGAAGGAAAGUGAAUUCUACAUUGGUGGAAACCAAGUCCACGUCCCAAAGCUCAAGAAGGCAAAAUAUAGAGAUGCCUACGUCUCAAGCAUAGCCAGGUACUCUACUGCUCCUUCCCCGAAAACCCCAGAAGGGUUCUUUGUUUGCACCCCAACAGCGCCAGAGAUGGAUAUCACCUGGAAUGGGUCACUCCCAUGGCUGCGCUUUAUCUCACUUAUGCGUCUUAAGGAGAAUAGUGAACCACCAUCGUCAUCCUCGUCCCUGCCCAUCCGUUCCCCUCGUGGUACCAAUGCGCUCUCUCGCACCAUCAACCACGAACUGAUGGGUCGCCUGAGCACAAUCAUACCAUGGAAUAGACUGGGCCAUCCCCUGAAUAUACAUAGUAGCUCUCAAACAUCGGCGGCUUUGAGCAUACUCAUGCCAGAGGAGUUCAAGGGCCAGCACGAUGCUUUGUCCACGGAGUUGAACAGCUCUACAAACAAGGGAAGAGAUCGUAUGGCCUUGGAGCUUUUCCUUCUUUCGAACAACUUCACUUCACAAGAUCCAGAUAAAACAACCAGGGGAAAUAUGAGAUCGGAUGGUGAGCGGAUGAUGCAAAUGUUGGGCGAUUAUGGAUGGAAGGACUUGGCACAUGUCCGGACCCUUUUAUCAACUAGCGAGCCAACUGCUGAAGCCAUUGCAGAAAAGGUGUUUGCAAUUGCAUUGAGACUACACCAUGUGGACGCGGUGAAGAUGAUGCUCGAAGCCCAUAUGGAUCUAAACGUCCCAUUGAUCGAGUCAACAUCCCACGGUGUCUUGACACCCCUUCAAUUUACCGCAAAAAGCCAUCAUGAACGAAGUGAGGAACUUGUCAAUCUUCUUAUAUCUUAUGGGGCGGAUGUGAAUCACGCAGGCACUGCGUAUCCACCUUUGUUUUAUGCCAUCAGGAAACGCGAGAACAGAAUCAUCCGUGCUCUUAUGCUUCAUGGUGCUAUUGUGACGCCAUCUUGCCUCUCUAUUGCCACACAUCUGAAGGACAUCGAAGUCUUUGCGGACAUCGCCAAUUCCUGUUCAAACGUGAACGCAAUAACAGGAUGGCAGAGCGCUCUCGCCGAGGCUGUCAAACGUCGCAAUGUCCCAAUAAUUGAAAUCUUACUCGCCAAAGGUGCCAAUAUGGAUAUUAUGGUCAGUAUCAACUUCGAUCAUGACAUUGCGACGACCACUAUCCUAGGCCUUGGCGCCAUAUCACGAUCUAUCGAUGUUAUGCGUGCCCUGCUGCGGGGCUGCCAUGAGAUAAAUCCCAACUUCGUUCGCAUGCCCUAUGUUUCGCCCAUUGUACUCGCAGUGAGAGAAGAAAGUGCUGAGAUCACCCAGGCUUUACUCCAAGCUGGGGUUGAUAUUAAGCUGGCCGACGAGCAAGGGAAAAUGACACUGCUUGAACGCGUUGCCAAAGACUGUUCCACAGCCUCCUUGGUCCCCCUGUGCAAAAUAUUAAUUGCAUAUGGGGCCCAAGUUAACAGACCAUUUUCAGCUCAGAAAUAUGAGACCUCAGCUCUUCUCAUUGCGCUCGAUCGAAAGUCACCAUCGCCCGAAGUUGUUCAGCUUUUAAUCAAUGCAGGUGCACGCCUCAAUGAUGAAUACACUAAGCCCCCUUACACUGCACUUGGAGCUGCCGUUAAACAGGGCAAUGAAGUGUUGAUCAAUAGCCUUUUUGCUACCGGGGCUACAUUUGUGGGAACCAAACUAGAAGCAAUUGGCAGUUUACGUACUGCGAUAUACUUGCAGGAGAAUGGAGUUCUCGAAGGCAUUUUGAGGGGAUCAGGCCCUGGUAUCCUUGCUGCUGCGUUAUCGGCGAAGAAGGCCGAUCUAGCUCAGUACUUGCUCGAACAUAAUGCUGAUCAUGAAGAGCGGAUCGAAAACAGAUCUCCCUACCAACAGACCCCAUUGGAAGCAGCAAUUCAAGCCGAGGAUUUUACCUUUGUAAAAAGGCUUUUGGAACGCGGUGCAAGGGUUACAGACCGUGUUCUUGGAGAUGCUAUAGGCAAAGAUCCUAUAUUCUUGAAAUACCUGCUGGCCAGGUUCCGCGGAAGUGCCCCAACUGCAGUAGGGGCUGCACUUUCUUGCCGUACAUCCCUACAACUGCUUCAACUGCUUCAAGGGGCAGGAUUGGACCCCACUGGAGUACCAAACCUAUUCCAGUUGUAUUGGGAUUUGGACGAUUUUGAACUGCCGCUACCAGAGUCGGUACUGGAAAUAGCAGUGGUCUUAGGAACCAGUGAGACGUUACAAUUCCUGCUCCAAUGGACGUCCUGGAGCCCAAGGCUGACGGGUCGCGCCUUGACAAUAGCAAUAAUCUUGGAUCUAGAGGAUCACGCCAAGGAUAUACUGUCUUUCCACCCUGAUCUGACUCAGGAGAUUACGAUCAAAUACCCGAAAUAUGAAGAAGACGAAGAAGAGGGAGAAACAUACCGUCCCCUUGAAGCCGCAGUCAACAUACAAAUGAUCCAGGUUGCCCGGGAAUUAAUGAAAAAGGUAGAUGUCAACUAUCUUGGUCGUGGAGCCCGCCGUCGAACAGCAUUGCAAUAUGCUGUUGAAAAAGGAAACAUGGAGCUUAUCAACCUAUUAAUUUCAACGCACAAAGCUAGAAUUGAUGGUCCCCCUGCCACAGACGGCGGUGCUACUGCAUUGCAGAUUGCAUGCCUCAAAGGGUACAUUGGUAUUACAAGGAGACUACUUGACCUUGGAGCAGAUGUCAAUGAAGCCCCCGCAAAAUUCAACGGGCGUACCGCCUUGCAGGGAGCGGCAGAACACGGUCGAAUUGAUACGCUACAAAUGCUGCUCAACGAAGGAGCAUUGAUUGUCGGUGAAGGUGAACCGCAGUAUCGUAGGGCUGUCGAGCUUGCGGAACGCAACGGGCAUCAGGCUGCUGCGAGGCUGCUGAGGUCUUGGAGGGACUCUGUUUGUUUGAGUUCCUCGGCGGUUUGA